CGUGGCAUCACAGUGCAGUGAUGAUCAGUUUGCAUCAUUUUUUUUUAUUGGAGUUCCAUCCUCUACACUCAUCGACCAAAACAAUUAUUUGAAUCUGUUGUUGAAAUAGAGCAUGACUGGGAUCAAGAAUAUGACUCAUCAUACAGGAGUAUUUGUGUGGGCAGAACGUUUGGUUGGUUUGUUCUUUAAUGUCUGCUGGCCUUCCAGAGAACUGUUUUGUUGUCUAUGAUACCUGUGUAAUUUUAUUGUUCUCAUCAGCAUAUAGUAGAAAUGUGUCUCGUUUUUCCAAGGCACUGAACAGACCAGUGUCAUUCAUCUGUCAUUCAUUACAGUAACACACCCUAUGCGGUUCCCUCAAUGCAUACUUGUAGAGACGUUGUUUUUUUGCUUUGUCAUCUGUAAAGGUAACCACCUCGUAAAAUUGGGAAACAGGCAUUGCAGCGGUGCUUAGCAUAGACACUGUGACUGUGGACCUGAGCAGCUUCCUGUACUGAUCACUCCCCAAACGUUACGAUUUUCCGGAUGUUCCCAGAACGUUGUCUGGAUCUGGAUGGUGUUUUUGUAGUAUACACUGAAUUUUUCAUUUUCAACAUUAAUUGCAUUAAAUGGACAUUCAGGUAAUAAUGUUAUCGUGCUGACAUUGACACAACCUUUGUUAAAAUGUAAAGCAUCGAAAUAACAUCCCCUUAACAUCACAAUAAGAACGUUCUCUGCUAACUUUGAGAGUACCUUCCAUAAUGUUGGCUAAAGUUCUAGGAAUGUUCCCUGUUAGGUGGAUUUCAGGAUCUUGCUGUUUUUUUUCCCCCAAAAUGAGCCAUUAAGCUUCUGAGAGAAAAGUGCUGGACAUACACUGCUGGAGAAGAGCAGAAUCAAUAAAACAGAACAUGUAUAAACAUCAGGGGUUCUGGAAACCACCCCAUCCUGGGUUCUUCCCUGCCUUGCGCCCACAGCCUCCAGGAUGGGCUCCGGACCCCCCGCCACCCUGAAUAGGACAAGCAGUUACAGAAGAUGGAUGGAUAGAUGGAUGGGUGGAAGCUCAUCCACUAUAAGUAUUGUCAAAUGCAAACAUCAUCCUUGGUCUUCAACAACCUCAUACAAUUAUUACAAACACAUUUUACUUACACAGCCUAACUUCAAAUCUGCAUAGUCUGCUUAUAUACAAAAAAGGCAGAGGUUUACAUGUGCACAUUUUAUGCCAGUAACGCGAGUGUGUUAUAAAGCCAUAAGCUUUGGGUACAUGCUGUACUGGUUGGUCUCAUUGCCAUUACUAGUUCCACUUUAGAAGGCUUUCAUAAGUUAGGAACUUUAAUGACAAAACAUGUUACUUUUGUAUGUGUUUAUUUAGGAGAUGUGAUAUUUUGGUCUGCUAGGUUAAGCUUCCAGCGAGUAACAAGUAACAUGCAGGAUAGUUGUGGGAGCAAGACCUAUGCAAGAAACAUUGUUGCAAACUAACAUCAGAAGAGUUAUUCAGAUAAAUACCAACAAGGGAGUCUAGGAAUGUAAUCUUAGAAUAAAAUGCGUGAACAGAGUAAGCAGUGAACAAAAAGAGUGAGCCAGUGAGAUCGGCAGCGGGAUGCAGUUAGUUGAGGUGUUUCCAGAAAAGAUGAUUCUUAAUGUGCUUCUUGAAGCUCAUGACUCUGUAGACCACAUGUAGCUGGGUAAGCAAGUAAGGCACUUUAUAAAUUAAGUUUACUAUCGCAGACGAAAGGUCACGAAACGCUGUACAGCAGUAGAACACGUAAAAGUACCAUCAAGAUUAAACAAAACAAAAAAGUAAAAGAAAAAUUAAAAAAACAACACAGUACUAAAAACAGCUUGUUCCACCAUUAAGGAACCACAUAUGAAUCGCAUCUAGUACGAGACUGGUUCUCACAUGAUGGAGGAAUGACCAGAUGAUUGCAGAAUAAAAACAUUCAUCUCGAUGAGAGGCUGUACUUUAUGGUACUGUCAGCAGUAUAGUGUACCACGCUCUGGAGCGUAAUACCUAAAAUUACACAGUAUGGCGCAUCAGCAUAAUGUGUGUAUUGUUGCUUGCUUGGACAUGUUUAUUUUGGACUUGGGCAUCUGGGUUGGAGAAGGUUGUGAUUUUCCUGCUUGUUGGGUUCUAGGAAUAUGACCACUGGAUGGCAGUCAACAGUGCUGUACAUCAAAUAAUGUUAGAAUCACAAAACUGGAGAUGGAGGGACAAAAUAGAAGUUUUACUGUUCCAGUAAAACCGCAAAUAAUACUGAACCAUCUGUGGACCUUGUGUAUAAUGUGUUUUUUUAUGUACAUACAUGUGCUAAAGUUUAAUUGACAUUUACACACAGUAAGACAUUGCCAACAUUAAAUUCUGUAGUAAUAAAGUACAUUGUAUAUUAUUAUACAGUACUGUACAGUUCUAUACUCUCCUGAAUGAAAGGGAUUCUGAUUCUUUAGCCUGAUUCUCGGGAGAUGAUAGAGCAAUGAAAAAAUGUGUCAUGGGAUGUCGCAUGUGAUAAUGUGGCAAUGAAUGCGAUCAGCAAGAACACGAGAGGUAGGCUGGAUGAGAGUUCUGCAUGACAAAGGGAGAUUUGUCAUAAACUGGGUGUGACUGGGUUACAGCCUCUACUUGCAUAGUGCCCAGUUUGAAACUUAUGAACCAUUUAUUUCUGGAAUUUUCAGACCUCAGGAAACCGCAGAUAAUGGAAACCAUGAAUGUGGGGGUCCCGCUGUAUUUCACGUUAUACAAGUGUAUAGUCAAAUGAAAAGCUUUCACAUGGGUUCACGGUCAUUGAGAAUACAGGAGACAUAAGUUGAAUUAAGACUGAAUGCCUGAGUGGACAGAGUGAUGUAUAAUUGAGGUUCUAUAGUUUGGUAUUAAUCCCGGUUUGAUUUGCCUAUUCAGAGCGUUUGUCUUCCUGCUUCAGGCCCAAGUGACAAUCCCUCACCGACCUUUGGGAUUAUUGUAAAACUUCAGUCUUCAGUGAGGGGCUACAAUCUGAGGAUAGGUAACUCAUUAACGCCAUUAUUGUCAUGUGAGAGUGUGUAGCCUAAGAGCAGCAGCCAGGUCGGUCUGGAGCAGGAAGGACUCCCAGAAAGCAAACAAGGGUACACCCACCUGCUGGUGCCAUAGCCCCCGGUUUCAACCGGGCAGUUGCCUGGUGACCGAAGCAGAAUGGAUCUGGCCGACGAUUACAUGUCGCCAUUCAAUUUCGAACAAGGUGUGAACACCAGCUACCUGUACCUGUCACCCACUGUGAGCUUAACGCAAGCAGAGUCACCCGGAUCACCAUUAAGAGAGACGCAUGAAACUGAGGCUGGCUCUGGAUCGUCUCCUCCUGAAGCACCAAGGCCACCAGAAUUGGGAGAGGAUGCUAUUUCUGCUGUGGACACAUGUGACAGUACAGUAGCCCUGGAGGAUCAAGAGGAGCUGCACAGUCAGCUUGCUAAGGUGGAAGAUGAAAUACAGGCUCUCUGUCAGGUCUUGGCUUCCAAAGAGAAGAGAGUUGCUGAGAUCAAGAGAAAGCUGGGCAUCACUCCCCUCAAUGAGCUCAAGCAGACCAUCACCAGAAACUGGCAGGAGGUCACCACUUCCACUGCCUAUAAGAAAACCUCAGAGUCACUGAGCCACGCUGGAGAGAGAGCCACUGCAGCCUACUCCAGUGUGGGCCUUGCUGUAAGCAGAACACUGGAAGAUGUCAGGAAUACUGCCGCGUUCAAGUCAUUCGAAGAGAAAGUGGAAUAUUUGAAGACCAAGAUGAGCCUCAUGACAUCAACAGGUCCUGACCUCCAGGAUCAGGAUGCAACCAGGGGACCCCCUAGUGGAGAGCAGCCAGAGUGACCUAGACUAUACCUGGACUUCAUGACCCAUGCAGGCCCUAAAGGGCAGAGCAGGAACUCAAACUGUCAGCCCCCUUAUUUUCUCACAUCAAACUGUUUUUACACUUACGUUGAUGUAAAUUGGUUUGCAUUGGAAUUGGCUUUUUGUUUACAGACUCUUAUGCUUUAUUGGUGUAGUCAAAAAAUAUUGUGUUCAUGAAACCAGAGCCAUUUGUAGAGCUUGCAAGCGUGGGAAGUGGUGAAAUUUAGCCUUGUAAUUUUCAGUGAGUAGAUGCAGCCCCUUAAAUGUACCUCUUUAUUGCAACUGAAGAAAACUUGGGUAAAAGUGAUCCAGACAACUCUGACCAGAGG